AUGCAGGCCGAGCAUCGAGACCAGGCCCAGUCUCCCGCUACGGGAACCCGACAUCAGUGCUAUCUGUGUCAUCGCAGCUAUGAAAGACAGGACCAUCUCAGCCGCCAUCUAAAAUCCCACGGCAAUGAGCGAGCGUAUCGGUGUUCCGACUGCGGCAAAAGUUACAAUCGGGCAGACGUACUUAAUCGACAUCGUGCUGCCCAUGCCAAAGCAUCGGCCGGCGAGGCUUUCAGGAAAAGGACUCCCCGAGCUUGUGAAGCCUGCAUCAAAGCGAAGACCAAAUGUGACAACGACCGGCCCUGCACUCGCUGUAGAACCAGAGAGAUCCCCUGCCACGAGACCGAGGCCCGGAGUGAGCCUCGAGAUGAGCAGAGCUCGACACAGAAUCAGGUCGUCGGCGAGAAUGGCACCCAACUCGCGACGCCAUCGUCUCUGCUUCGUCAAUCUGAGGACUCGAUCUUCUCUCAGAACAAUUUGAGCACCGGAAUGACGCCGUUCGUGAUGGACCAGAACGCAUUCGGAGAUCAGCUGCCUGUCAGCGAUUUUGCAUAUCCCGACUUCUUUGAGCAGAUCAUGAUGUCCGAUAUGACCACCAGUGCGCCUCAAGAUCAAGUCAUGAUGCCAUUGGAUGUAUCAGACUUCACCCAAGACAUUAACUUGGAUGCCUUCGACUUCGAUUUCAGCUUCCUUGCCAGUGGACUGACCAGGCCCUCAUCGGCGCAAGGAUUUCGAGAUAACCAAAAUCUGUCGUCACACACGAACUCGACGGCGGAGUCUGACGCCCACUUACGUUCCGAAACGUUCAAGCGGUCGCCUUGGUCGUGGCAUCACUGGAUACCGGAGCGAAAUCAUACAACGUUCACCGGCCAAGAGGAGAUCAACGUCCAAGAGGAACGAGUAGAUGUCACCAAUCAGCAUGUCAGUCCUAUAGUCACUCAGACUGCUUCAUCGAGGCUGGCGAUGCCCUCGUUCCCAUCUCUCGAGUUGCUGGAAGAUCUCAUCGAUGUGUUCCUUCUCCAAGAUGCUCAUUCAAUCGAUUCUUUCAUCCAUGUGCCAACCUUCGACAGCCGGCACAGUCUUACUGAGCUUUUGCUUGCUAUGGCCGCAUGUGGAUCGAGGUAUAUCGCCUUGGCGCCUGUCUGGAAAAUGGGUCUCAUUAUCCAAGAGGUCGUGCGGCUUGCAGUUUCAGAAGUCUUCGAAUCAGACAACAGUGCUACACGACGACUGCAGCCUCUCCAGACAUACCUCCUCUGGGUAGGAGUCGGGGUAUGGAGUGGCUUUCGCAGAAAGACAGAGAUCGCUUGCUCCUUCUUACAACCGACUGUCACAAUGCUGACAUGGUCGAAUUCUUUGUCUAAAUUCAUUUACCACGAUUUUGCGCCUCUCGCGGAGGACAACGAUGUGGCUUUGGAUGCCAAGUGGAGAGCAUGGGUAGAGCAGGAGGGCCGCAAGCGUCUCGUUUGCCACACCUUCCUGCACGACUCACAGGUGGCCAUCGCCCAUAUGCAGAAUCCCAUCGUUGCCCCGGCUCAGAUGAUGCUACCGCUACCCGCUUCUUCCGAUCUCUGGCAAGCAUCCAAUGCGCAUGCCUGGCGCAACUUGUACCUCGCCAAGCAGCCUCCUUUGCAGAGCGCUCUACCAUCGAUGCUGGAAGUAUUCGGCAGCCUGAAUACACUUGAUGGCUUGAGUGGCUUCGUUGACCAGCCACUCUGCGUGAUGGUUGCGUGCCACGCCUUGGCCUACGAGGUGUGGCAAUUUCGGCAACAGGGGCAUCUCCUUUCCAACUGGCAAGACCAGGGCCGGAAGGACCGAUGGCUCACGCAUCUAAACCGACAACGGGACGUCCUGGAGAACUUGACGACCAUGAGUGCGUACUGCGAGAUGCAUGAAAACCUAACACCUGAGAUUCUCUUCACCGUCGAGUUCUUGACAAUGGCUUUGCACGGUUCAUUAGAGGACAUCCAAAUCUUCUCUGGCAAACACGGAGAGGAAGAAGCUCGGAAAGUAUACCCACGCAUCCGGACUUGGGCUCAGGAUAGUGAAGCUAGAACUUGCGUUUGGCAUGCAGGACAAGUCUUGCGUAUUGCUCGGACAUUCGAGAAGACGAAACUGAGAGACUUCUACGCUGUUGCUGUGUACCAAGCUGUCUUGAAUUUGUGGGUCUAUGGUAUGGUGACGAAUUUUUCACGCAAGAGUGGCGACAAGACACCCACUCAUAAUGCUCGCUCCUUGCUGCUGCCCAAUCAACCGGACUCAUUCGCGCAUGGCAACCGAGUGUUCUUAGACGACACCGAUGAGAAAAGCGCGAAGUCCUUUAAGCUACUCGGCCAAGGCACACCAGGCCUGAGAGGUACAUCGAUGCACACUCUGGACGAGGACUCCUCGUUCUGCUCGCUGCACAACUCUAGAAGGUUGAUGGUCAUCGGUGGGGAUAUACUGGAGUCGAAUUUCCCAGAAAGUCGUAAUGCGCUACCUCCACUCGUGGAGAAUCUGACGAAUUUGAUGAAUGAGCUGGGAAAGCUUUCUGGACGGUGA